GCAGUCCGCGUUGGUUGGCUGAAAACGAGGCCGUCUCUGAGAUACGGCUGCGUUUAUAAAACGAGUCGACCGGUAACUCGUUUAGACAGUUCGCAAUUAUCUCGUGGAGUACCAUCGAGCAAAAAAGUACGAUGCCGAUCGAUUUUUAUCAACUUCCCGGAAGUUCUCCAUGCCGCGCUGUUGCUUUGUCGGCGGCCGCUCUUGGAGUUGAAAUGAACUUCAAAGAUGUGGACUUAAUGAACGGCGCACACUUGAAGCCGGAAUACUUGAAGAUUAAUCCGCAACAUACUAUUCCGACGAUCGACGAUAAUGGAUUCUGUUUGUGGGAAAGCCGUGCCAUUAUGACAUACUUGGCGGAUCAGUAUGGCAAAAACGACAACCUGUACCCGAAGGACCCAAAAAAACGUGCGGUCGUUAAUCAAAGACUAUACUUCGAUGCUUGUACCUUGUACAAAGCCUUUUCCGAUUAUUAUUAUCCGAUCGUGUUUGCUAAAGCGCCGAAAGACCAAGCCAAAUAUGAGGCUCUCGGUACAGCCUUCCAAUUUCUCGAUAAAUUCCUCGAGGGGCAAAACUAUGUGGCAGGAAAUAAUAUGACCCUUGCUGAUUUGAGUCUUACUGCUACUGUAACCACUGCAGAGGUUCUGGACUACGACAUCAGCAAAUACAAGAAUGUCAGCAGGUGGUUGGCGAGGAUGAAAUCAGAGGCGCCGAAGUACGAAGAAUACAACAACAAAGGUGUUCAAGCUUUCAAGGCACUCGCAGAGAGCAUGAUGAAGAAAUGAGUAGCUAAAUGGUGCACUCUUAUAAAUUUAAACAAUGUAACUGUUAAUUUAAUGUUCUAUUAAUUUUAAAAUAAAAUUUUGCGUCAGUAUUGAA